CACCCCCACAAAUCAAAAUUGCCUGCAUUAAUUGAACGAGACGUCAUUCGCUCUUCAGUGGUAUUGCUAUAAACAAGUGAGGGCGGCUUAUACUACGUGUUUUGCUACUUGUGUAAUCAAAGUUUGAAGAUGGUUAAGUUGUCUAAAGCUGGAAUCAAACCGAACUCUGCGUUAAAAGCUGGGCAUCCUCCUGCAGUGAAGGCUGGAGGGAAGAGGGUGGCGAAGAAAAAUAUGGAAGAGAAUGCACCCCCUGAGAAGGAGGUGAAAAGACCUGCAGCAGACAAAUCAAGAUCUGUGACCAUUCUUCCCAAAAUGCAGUCAAUCAGUAUCCUGUUAUCUGGCACUCUCGAAAAGCUGAGUCAUGAUUUUCCAGCUACCCCUGCAAGUGUUCGACAUAACAAACCCAGACCUGCAGUUGAAAAGUUGUACACCCCGAAGAUGUACUUUAUCCAGCAACCUCGCAAGUGCUAAAACAAGAAGUCUGUUCUGUUGUGUGUGUUGGGGGGUGACAAUAGAUGUAGGAGUCUGUUCUCAUAUGUGGGGCUGGGGGAGUGGACUUGUGUGGCUUUGAGUAUUACAUUUAACCAAUAAACACUGUUAAGCUGA